AUGAAACUGUUCCUAGUCCUUGUUUUCGCAGCAGCUGCAUCGGCAGCUCCACAAAAUUAUCAAGACGUACAAAUUUUACGUUAUGACGUUAAUAAUUCAGGCCUGGACUCUUAUAAUUUUGCAUGGGAGUUAUCUGAUGGUAGCAAACAUGAAGAACAAGGUCAGUUGAAAAACCAAGGCACUGAAAAUGAAGCGAUUUCGGUACAAGGACAGUACUCUUGGGUUGCUCCUGAUGGUGUCACAUACACUGUGACAUAUAUCGCUGAUGAAAACGGCUUCCAACCUCAGAUUCAACAGGGUCCUGGUGGUGCGAUACCUUCUGCUGUUCUUACGUCUUUCCUCGGC